AUGUGCCUGAGGAUGUGGAGCACGUGCAUUUCAGGACUGUCUAGACCUACUGACAUGUCUGUCACACUCGUCCAAGGAAUCGUUGAUCCGGAUUUUACUUUCAGCUGUUCGAUAACACUGUCGACGUCUUCGCCAGCGACGACGACAUGCGGGAUUCGAUCGCGUCAGGGUCGAACCCACGCCGAGGAAAGAAGUCGUCUCUAAGUCAAAUAAAGCGACACUUCACCCGACAAGCCAACAGGCUGAACAAUUUCGACCGGCUUCUUAUCGUUUCAUCCCCAAGUUCUACCAGUGCUUGCACAAAGUUAGUUUCUUUUGAAAGUUUUUCCCCCAACAAAACAAAUUUUCAGAUGAACCUGAUGGAUGCUGUCUUGCGCAUCCGAAAGAUGAAAGUGCGCUUGCUGAGCAACGAGGAACACGAUCGUUUGCUCAGAAUCGUUUGGAAGAACUGCAAAGGAGGAGCUGAUGCGCAACGACAAGUUAUGAGGGGAGAUGUUCUGCACGUGAGAACAUCCUGUACGUUCUCGUUUCCUGUUACUAUUUUUCUAACAUUUUUACUCUUUCCCUGUUAGCUCUCUGCAUCGCACCUUUUCCUGUCAUGUUUCUUUUCCCUUUCAUGGUUUUUACAAGGUUCUCGUUUUUACAAUAAAUUUUCAAGGAACCAAAAUCCUUUUCAUGUUUAUUUGUUUUAAUGUAGAACACAUUUUUCAGAUAUGUCUUUCUGAUUCUUGUUCCCAUCCCUUCUAGCAAUUUUCCAUAAUUUUCGGCAGCAGAAACUCAACAAAAACUUAUCAAUUCCUCUCCGUUUUCUGCCUCGGUGCAAUCAAACCGUUAUCUUUCUUUUAGGAUGGGUAAUAAAGUCUAACGAGAACUGUUAACAGGCAGUAAUAGCUGUUUAUGAAUGAAAAUGAUGUCUUUCAUUCAACCGGUGACUUCGUUUUCAUAAUUCCGCUUUCGGUUUCAAGUUUUAGAUUCUGAAUUCAUUCACGCUUUCUGAAGAAAUGGCUGAAAACAGAUGCAGUUUAGAAUCAAAUAGCAUCGGUCAAACCGAGAUGUAAGACGACUUGCCAGUAAUCCUGCCAUGCUUUCAUUUCAGAGCUCCCAUUGAAUUAAAAUGUAAACCAGGGCUCCUCUUUGUCCCUCUACAAUCCAUGGAUCCAGAAAACAUUCUCGAACUUGCCGCAGAGUAUCCAGUAGGACUUCUUCUCUCAACCCCAACAUCUACCGACCAUUUCCAUGAAGAAGUUCUGUUGAUGAAAGUUUUCGACAAAGUGAACAUCAUGCCCGAAGUGAUCGGAUCGGGCAGUCUUCAAAUUGCCAAGGGAAACGUUUGGAGGGAAAACGGAGAUAUCAAAAUGAUUUUGAAGAUGAACGGUGAAAAUAAAGCUAACUCUGAAAAGGAGAAAGAAGAAGAUGGCCCCAUUGAUGAAAACAAUUCCAACUCCCAUGAUUCCGAGGACGAAAUGCCAGUGCUUGAGAAAGAAAUCGAUUCAGAAUUCCGGGAGUCGACGAAUGAAAAGGAACUGCCACCUCAAUUGACGGCAGCAGAACCGCUCACGCCUCGUCAAAUCAAAAGUGGUCAGUUUACUUUUGAUUGUAGACUCAAUCGAGAUAUCAUGGCCGACAUCGUGGCCCAAUACGUCGGGAAAUCCAAAUGCUAUGUGAAACGAUACAUUGAGAGGAACUUCAAUCGACUCUUCGGAGAGGCCAUGGAGAAGUUGCUGUCAGCAGUGAACGAAUAUACUCGGCAGCAGUCCCAAGCUGCUCGGACUCCACGUGAUUCACUGCCGGACGCUCAUCAAAGCGAAGAAAAUGGUGGCCAACAAUUGAAUCAGGUUGCAGAAGGCUCUGCGGAUGGCAUUCCGGUCAACACGAUUUUUCAGACCAAAAUCCAGAGAAAUGGACCAAUUCGACACAAAAAGGUACGAAGUGAAUGAAAUUCUUUCAAUUUUCCACCCGUUUCUUGAAUUCACAGGCAUCGUGCUCAAAACUGAAUCGACUCGGACCGUUUACGCGACCGUCGGCUCGAGAGUGGACCAAUUCAGCAAACAUUCCAUGUUCAGAAUGA